AUGGCCGAUGAAAAUCCGCAAAAUCCAGACGAAGGCAAUUGUAGGUUGAACAGCACUCAGGAUGGUGUGAAAUGGAAAGAUCUAAUGUCCACGCUCAUAUUCGAUCGAUUGGAAGCGUCGUUCGAUAACUAUAGAGACAAUAAAAUGCCACAAAUGAUAACCAAAACUACACAAAACAUGACAAGCAAUUGUGAUGGCUGUCAGCAGUGCCCCACUAGCGGAGGAGAAUCGUCUAAGACCGAAUAUUUUGGUUGGAGUGACGAUUCUUGUCACCAGCUCUCAACUAUCAACCAUGAUUCAACCGCCUGUACGUCGCUGUUGAAUGAUUGCUCUACCGAUCGAUGUCUCGAUGAAAACAAUAGUUGCAGCAAAUGCAGUAUGAAUAAACCUCAAUUAUAUUGUCGAACCAACCAUUCGAAUAGUAAAGAAUCUAUCUCAGAGAAAAUAAAAAAAAAUGAAACUGAAAACAUAAAGCAACAAGUGGAGAUUUUAAGGAAACGUGUAGAGUGCAUGUUAAAAAUGAACUAUCAACUACAAUCUGAACUUAAGAAAACAAUUCGUGCAAAUCUAUUAAUGGAACAAUAUAUUUCUUGGCCAUAUUCUGUAAACAAUGGCAAGCUUGAGUUUCCCGGAAAAAAUGAUUUGGACCAACGGUUCGAUUAUUUGUUCAAGGAGUUAGAAAAAAUACGAAACGAUUUGAAGCCUAUUCAAAACGACAAAUAUAUUGUCAGUAAAUUGGAAAAAAUACUACAUAUAUCACAACUGAAAUGUUUAAAUACUUGUAAUAAAUAUGUGGAUAAAAAAUAG